AUGCAGAGGCUGUGCACGGGGCCGGGCCGCUCCGUGCCUCUUCGUCCUGCCGAGGGAGGGCCGCGCACCCUACAGUUCCUGGCGCGGGGCCCGGAGCCGGAGCCAGGAGCCACGUCCGCAGUGCGAGGCAGGGCCGCGGCCGGACCGGUCAGACCGGAUUCCAAGCAUCAGUGCACGCUCUGGGCCGGCCCCGAGCGCCGUUACCUCGAGCUGAGCCCGCGGCUCGAGGCCAGCACGAAGGAAGCUCCGGGCCCCUUCCGGGGCUCACAGCCGCCGCUCGGACCCCAACCGAGGCACGACCCCGGGGAGGAGGAAGAGGAGCAAGAGCAGGAGGAGGAGGAGGCGGCGGCCGGCGGCAACCCGAGCAUCCACGGCUGCCAACACCAGGGCCGGCUCCGUUCGGCGGCCCCGGGACUCCCAGGCCGGCGCCUCCCGGGACCCGGCGCGGCCGCCCGCAGCCCCGGCCUUUACCCCGGCCCUCCCGACCCGGCCUCGCCCACCUGCACCGCCCCGGCCCCGCUGGGCCCCCCGACCCGGAGGCUCCGCUGCCCCGAUUCGUUUCGGCCCGGACGCGCCGGAAGCAGCGUCAGGAUCCGCGCGGGGGGUGCCGGGAGACGGAACCGGAGGUGA